GUAUCAUCAGGUACCCAGAAAGCUGGGAUCCGAGCCACAAUAUGGGCCUUAAGUGCUCGAGUGGAGAAAUACUGUAGACUAACGUUGACUGAACCAGUCCGACUUUCGUACCGGAGACUGAACUCAACUUUUUACUCGCUGGUCGAAUUCCCCUUCCACCUCAGAUGAUGCAGCGGGUACAAUGAGGCUGCACCGAGGCUCCAACCGCUGCACCAUGUGAGGUGGAAAACUAAAAAAAACUUUAGCUUCGUCUUUUGUACGAAGUUAGUUUUGGCGUCGAGGUAACGUUAACAGCAAUGUGUCAGAGAAGCUUCGGGGAGGUAGCCAGCUGGUAUGGAUUGACACAGCAGCUGGUUACUAAUCCUGGUGUCAUGACCCCCCGCCAACACCGUAUCCUUUCCAAGCUAACGCUAACUAACUAGUAGUAGUGUCAUUAUCGGGAGCCUGCUAAGCUGCUAAUGCUAACGUUGCAUUGUGGAAAAUUGCAAACUAAUAGCAAAGUUGACCUAUCUUACAAAAAGGAUUCACUAACAUAACUGGACGUGUUAGGACCUAGAUGUACGGUGAGGAUGGCGGAACCUGCAAAAGCCUGUACAAGAAAACUCAAACCCCGCUUGUCAAAUAAGGAGCGUUUUCACUGUGUCACUGCAGACAUUAACAUCUCACAGUACCCAGCAUUAAAAGACUGGCUUCCGAGUCAUCAUGAAUAUCACAUCUGUGAUUACAAAGCCAUACGGCAGACACAGGAUCACUUAGAUUUUGCCACCACAAUUAGAAUGUCUCUGUCUACUGUUGAAGAAAUACAGCAAUUUGUUAAAGACUUGCCAAUCACUUGGAGGAUUGACAGAACCAGACCACCUAAGGGGCAAAGAGUUCUUUUUAAGGUGGAUUAUAGAUGCCAUCACAACACAAAACCAAGGAAAAGUGCUGAAGGUUCUGGACGACGGACAAAAAACACAAACUGCCCUGCAAAGAUGGCCGUAACUCUCCAGCGCCCUCAGGCAAGCAGUGGCAGGCAGUGUCGAAGCACCGAUCCUCACAUGCCAACCUUGCCAACAAUAGUGCACAUUACCAAUGAGCACAAUCAUAACAUACAUGUAGGGGAUGCCUUACGAUACAAGGAUGUUGGAGAAGAAGCCAAACAAAAGCUGAAGAAGCUUUUUGAAGCAGGUCAUUCACCAUCAACAGCUCUGGAUGUUUUAAAAUAUGACCUCCAGCUUGAACAUGGAGAUAAGUAUGCAAAUGCAUCGGCUGAUCGAUCCAUCUGUCCUGAUCUUCAGUUCUGCUACAGAUUGUACCACCAAGUUUCUAAACAGGAUUUUGCAACUUGUGAGGGGGCGGGAAUGGCAGAGGCUUUGGAGAGGCAGAUUGACAUGUACAACAACCAGUGCAGUGACCAGUGCACCAAAUUGACCACUGUGUCUGUGAGUCCACCCUCCACCAUUCCUCCCAAUCCAGACCCAAUAGACACCUCCCAACCUGAGGAAGAUGAUUCUACACAGACGUGUGUGAUGGAGCAGGAGGUGACCAAGGCAGCAGAAGGUGCAGAGGCUGCAAACCCUGUGGACAAGUUAAAAUCCAGCUUAGCUGGUUUGUGUGAGCUUGUAGAGAAAGACUCCAGUUUAUGGCCUGCUGCACAUGACUUGAUAAAGGGAAUCGAAAAGGUCCAACACAGCCCAGCGAAGCUAGCAUCAGCCAUGCAUGCAUUUGGCUGCUACAGCUGUAUGACAUUAAUGACGAAAAGGGCUAAACCCUUACGGAGGCGUACACAGACCUCAUCAGUGGCCCGACAGAAGGCCAAACUUGGGAGGCAUCGGCUUGCUGCAGGAAGAGCAGGCAAGACAUCGGGGCCUGAUCAUGAAAACGGUCAGCCAGAAGACAGACAGUGAUGCUCAGGGCUUUGCAUACUGCUUUGCAUAGUAUGUGGCACAAUAUAAAACCAAUGCUAGUUUUCUGUAUGCCUGUUGUAGCCCCAACUCCUCUGCCCAUGGAGAGGUGCGGAUGCUCUUAAUGCCCACCAGCUGCUCCUCAUCCUUUGAUCAUGCCUAGGCUUCAGUGCCACUUUGUAUAAUUGUAAAUUGUUAAUUGUAUAUAGUUGUUUUUAUGAUCCCAUAUUAAGUGACCAGGUGUUAUUGUCUAUAGUUCUUUUUACAGACCUGUUCAGAAUGACCUAUUAUCUGUAGUUAUUUGGCUUGCCAAGGCCAUCAUGCUGGGUUUUUUUUUUUAGUGGCCUAAGCUGAUAGUACAUAAACCCUUUUGUUUUAGGACAUUUCCUUAUUUAUCUGAUUUUCCACUGAAAGGCAGAGACUGUAUACACUGCAAAGCUGUAAAGGUGCAGUAUCCACCCCAUAUGAAAUGAAGUGACCUGAAAACGAUUGGCCUGGUAAUGACAUUGUAGUGCCACAUAUUAUCUCUACAUCGCUUGAACUGUAAAGGCCAUUGCAUACAAAAUUGGAUAUUAGUUUUUUCAUGUAAUUAAUAUGUGAUGUGCAGACAUCCCAGUAGUCUCACAUUGCUAACAUGAUCUCAUAACAAGAGUACACGUCCGCCGGGGAUAACCUGUUAAACUUUGGUCCUGGACUGUGACAAAAUCCACUGCUAAUAAGAGUACAACCCACCACAAAUUCCUCUAGUCUGUCCUCUUUAAACAUCUUGUAUACAGUAAUCAUGUAAACCAAACAAGCAAGCUAAAUCCAUAGCUAAUAGAACUGUUUUUCUCACAAGAGCCUUAAAUUUAGGAUAACUUGCAUUACAUCCAUGAGCCAAAACCAGGCUUUGCUGUCCAUCAGACGAUGUUGAAUGCAUUAUCAACAGGCUUUGAGGUCCUCAAGGGGUUGGAUUGAUUUAAAAAUGCCCCACUCGGUCUGCUCCAGCCUAAUUAAGUACACGUUCCCAACCACAUUUCGCUUAAAAUUUAUCAUGGUUGUCCCCAGAACUUUUCAUUACGAGCUCACAUUUUGCCCCAUGUGACUAGGGCAAAUAAAAAAAUAAACAAAAAAAAGUGGUAUCCUUAGAUAUUGUAGAGACUGAUGGUAGUUCCAGUGAAGGCAAGUUAGCAGUUGUCUUCAGUUGCAAAUGUAGAAAUAGGGAGGAGUCCCAUCUGGUAGACAGAAAUAUGGUCUACACUAGAAAUUGGCAGCAAUAGGUUUUUAUAAAUCCAAUGGCAAUGCCAUUCAGGUUGCCAAGGUGUUCGUAAGGUCUCUGUCUAAUGUUCACCAUUAGUUAACCUUUAUUGUACAGUUCUUUAUGCUGAGAGACAAACACUAUGAGCCCAUCAGUUGACAUUUUUAUCUGUAGAUCAUGUGUUGGCACAGCAGGUGUUGUUUGUUGUUUUGUUUUGUUUUUUUUAAACUGGUGUUUUAAUUGGCCUACAAAAAGGCAAACAGUUUGGUUUGCAGUUUGGUUUGAUGUAACAAAAAUAAGCAGUGUCAGAAUAGCAUUGUACAAGUUUUGUUUAGAAUUUGUGCAGGUUUUUCAGCUGUAAAUUGUGCAAAGGCCUUAAGUCAUAUUUCUCCAAAAAAUGCCUCAAGGAUGAAAAAUGCACUUCUGCGUUUGGGGAAAUUUGCAUAAUAUUUUAAACAUUGCAAACUAGCCCUAUGAUUUAUUUAUUUUUUUGUCCCAAUCCUCCUGAAAGCCUGAAUUUCAAUAAUUUUAAAGUUAAUAUAUUGUAAUUUAGAAAGAAGAUGGCCUUCAUGUUACCAACCAAUCCAGAGCAGACGAGACUUCAUGCCAUGUUAUGGAAGGACAUUUUUUAAAAAUUUUCAAAUGGACUUGAAGGUGAUUUUAGGUAAACUGACAACUUUGAUCUGUGUUUGUCAAAAGAGGGCAUUAACAUUCUACUAACCAUUUCUUUGACACCUAAAUGCUUCGUGGAUGCUCACCCAAUCAAAAUAUUUGCAUACUGCAAAUUUGUGCUAGCUGGCAUGAGGGUUUUUAAGGCUUACUUAGGUGUUGGCUAGUCAGCCUGGCAUGUUUGAUUGCACUAACAUUGGCCAGCAAAACUGAACUCUCUGCCAGAGCCGAUUAAUGAGGAACCUGCCCACUUCCAAACAUGUUCUCAAUGAACGGGACAGAAUUUAGCAAAUUGGAAUAUUAGAUAAAAAUUUCCGUCUAGAAAUGUUAAAUGUUUUUCAGAUUUGUCAUGUAGGAGCGUCCUUUAAUUUUAGGGAAUGAUGAGUUUGUUAAAAAAAAGGAGAACUUCAUAUCUUACGGCAGAUUUUGGGUAGUAGGACACCAGCAAUGAUCUAUUCUUAUUUAUUCUGUUUAUUAAAAGGAAGGCAUAAAAAGGAACAUUUUACAAAUUACUCUUUUGCACAAAAGCUCUUUAGGUCCCCAUUCAUUCUUGCUAUCAUCUGAUCGCCCCAGAAGACAAUGCUAAGUGGGAAUUCUUGUUAAAAUAGAAAUUCUAACUGCUUUUAUUUGUUGUCUUUUCCUUUAGCUUUUUUAAAUGAACUUUGAAAUGAACCCCAGACUGACAAUUUAGAAAAGUGUUCAUUUUCUAUGACAAAUGGAGAAGUUUUCAAAAAGCAAGUGUGCUAGUCGUCUGUAACUUGUAGUAAUACACCGAUGAGGAAAUCUUGGGCCACAGUUAUCAUAUACAUAUCUGCUGUUGGUGAUACAUAAAAACAUUUUAAAAAAUACAAAAAGUAGGACUGAAUUUGCAUUAUAGAAAUGUAAUAUUUAUUUGUAUAGAUUUAGAAAUGUAGUAAAAUAAAUGCAGACGUUUAGCA